UUCCUUUAAACCCUUAAAAUUUUGAGAAUCGAACUCGUCUAUUCACCGCCGGUUUGCCGUCGCCGAUAUGCUUCGUCGUAUCUUUUACAAGCGUGCACGUGAUGAUUUAGCUUACUGCCAUCGUUUGUUGCACAUUCCAAAUAACGAACCAGAGUCUGACUCAAAGGUAAUUUCUGAAAUCAUUGGUAUAGUUUCAAAGAAAGAAGAAGCUGCAGUAGUUACGGAAUCAACUCAGCAUUGGCGUAAGAAUUGGCAAGAUUUGAGAAAGAAUAGGUUAACAGCUAGUAAUUUCUCGCGUGCUAUCGGAUUUUCGCCUGAUGGUAGACGAAAUCUUUGGUUAGAGAAAAUCGGGGCAGCAAAACAGUUUGCUGGGAACCGAGCUACGUUUUGGGACGUUGAGAAUGAGAUUGAAGCACUCGAGAGAUACACUGAGUUAACGGGAAAUGAAAUCCUCAUACCUGAGUUUGUUGUUUAUAAGAAUGGUGAAAAUCCUGAAGAAAACUGGUUAGGAGCUUCUCCUGAUGGAGUGAUUAAUUUAGUUAAAGACGGUGUUACUUCGAGGGGUGUGUUAGAAGUGAAAUGCCCGUUUAAUAAUGGGGGUACCUCGCAAAUGUAUCCAUGGAAGAAGGUUCCUUAUAUUUGUGUUCCGCAAGUUCAGGGUUUAAUGGAGAUUGUGGAUACAGAUUGGUUGGAUUUAUAUUGUUGGACUCGCAAUGGAAGUAGCCUCUUUAGAGUUUGGCGAGAUACCGCGUUUUGGGAAGAUAUGAAACCAGCACUUGUUGAUUUCUGGCAGAAGCAUGUUUUACCUGCAAGAGAGAUAUACAAUAACGUUGAUAUAAAGGAUCCUCAAGUGAAGCUGAUAGAGUUUAUGCCGAAGCAUUGGCAUGAAGAUUGCAAGAAGAUUAUGCGUGGAGCUGAAAGAAUCAGCGAAAAUGCGAACCGUUUGUUCUAUGAAAUCGACGGGAAUCUUGUAGACUGAGAUUUGGUAAUUGCUUAUGUGAAAUCUGCAAGCAGAAAGCCACGUUCCUUGUUUUCAUUUGAAUGUUAUUUUGCUUAGUGUGGAAUGUAGAAAACACUAAAUGAAGCUCUUGCAAUGAGCUAAGUACAUAUUUCAUACCUAUUGUAUACUCUGUUUCUUAGUCUCAUCACUUUUAAGAUGCUUCUCAAGUUUUCA